UAUAUAUGAGUACGAAAAGUGAUAAUGUAACAAUACUAUUUAAAUUUGCUCUUAUGGAACAAACAAACGAAAUAAGUUAAAUGAAAUAAUUGUUUUGAAGCGAAUCUGAGACAUCCAUGCAAGAGUUGAAACUUUCCUUAUUGCCACAUGUGCCACAUUUCUAGUACAAAUAAACCAAGUGAUAUAACGAUAUAAGUGAUUAAUUUAUGUAUGAAAAUGAACUUACUACAUCUUACGAUACUGGCCCUGCUGGUUCUUUUAAGCAACAGUAGAUGCGGCUCCGAGGCACGUGCCAUUGACGAUGUGGACAAUUCCAUUGAGGCGGGCGUUGAAAAACCAGCCCAAACAAUGUUAUCGAAACAAUCAUCAACACCACGCACCAGAUUUGGUCAGGAUUGGAUUAAAUUCACCAAAACGCCACCAGCGAAGAUAAUGCAAAAUCCCGGCACACCCGUUGAGAUAGUAUGCGAAGUAAUGGGCUCACAAAUACCCACUGUCCAGUGGGUUGUUGGCCACCUGCCCUUAUCAGAGAUCGAUAGCAUCGAAUCGAAUGUAAUCUCAGAAUCCAGUGCUAGUGCCAUUGUUAAAGUGCGCUCCGUUCAUGUCGUCGAUCAUAUGUUAAGCGAGCCACGCAUCUAUACCUGCGUUGGACGGACCGGAUCAAAGACAAUCUAUGCCUCGACCACGGUCUAUCCCCAAUCCGAGCUGAAGGAUCUGUUGCAGAUGCGCGAGAAACCAUUUAUGGGACCCACACGACCACGCAUUGUUUACAGCGAGCGUAUGCAUUUGGAUUUGGUUGGCUCCAAUAUUGUGUUGCCGUGCAAAGUUCAUGCCCGCCCACGUGCUGAAGUCUUCUGGAUGAAUGAGGAGGGAAAUCUGAUUGAACAGAAUCAACAUUUCAAAUUGUUGCCAUCGGGUGAUUUGCUAAUAUCGGACAUUAAAUGGGAAGAUAUGGGUGCCUACAAGUGUAUAGCACGCAAUGCCAUGGGCAAGGAUACCGCUGAUGCAUUUAUCUAUCCAGUACAGAGAGAAUCCGAUAACUAAACAACCCCCAUCCCGACUUUGGCCGCAAUCUAAGACACCGAUCCUCCACCAAUUAACUGGAACUUAAUGGAAAUGAUUUGAAAAAAAAAACUUUUGAACUCUUUAUUAAAUAUUGGCUGUUUAUAGAACUUGUAUUACAAAAACAAAAAGGAGAACAAGACAACAAACAAACAAAACGAAAAAUGAAGAAGAAGUAGAAGUUCCUGUAUAGACAGUUUUAAAGAUACUGGACCAAAUUAAAGCCACUAUCCUUUAUUAUUACUACUAUUAUAAUUAUAAAAAAACAACAACAACAAUAUCUAAAAAUUGUUAAUUGAAAAACAAGAACAAGAAUACAAUUUACCACCCAAAUUUCGAUUCUAGGCAGAUGCAGGAAAUCUUCUAGAAUAUUUCAAUUAUUAAAAGAAAAAACAAAACAAUUUAUAUGUAGUUAUAAUAAUGUUAAACCAAAUAUCGCUAAUGAAAAAACAAACAACUAUUUGAAUACUUUUCAUAGGGUUUGUUCCUAAGAAGCUAAAAAAAAUUGAAUUAUUUUUCCAUGACCAAUCAUUUGAAGCUAUGCAAUUUUUCAAUUAAAAAUUUGAUGACUCCUAUUUUUAGAAUCAAAUUACAGCUCUGCAAAAUGAAGCAAAUUAUUUAUUUAUGUACUUAAUUUAUUUUUAUAUUAUUAUUAUUAAAAAACCAAUCAAACUGGCUACAAAUGUCUAGCAGUUGACUUGAUGUGAGACGAAAAGUUUAACAACAAUCAGGUCUGGUUUUUAUUUUUUUCUUUUCUCUCUCCAACAAUUACUACAACUAUUGUUUAGGAUUUUUUGUUAUUUUUUAUAAUUUUAAUUAUAUGUUUAAUUUAAUUAAUUAAUUUGAUUGAUGCAUUUGUGAAUUUAUCACCACCACCAACCACCUCAUAAACAAUUAACGACAACAACAAUAAAACUAACAUUUUAAUUUUAUAUAGCCAACUAUGUACUUGUCUAAUUAUGUCAUAGGAUUACCAACUACAACAAAGUCAGUCAGUCAGUCAUAGCCGCAUACAUACCGAGUUUUUUUAUUUUUAAUUUAUAUUUACAACAACAACAAAAAAACAAAAACAAAGUAUUUUAAGUUCUAUUUGUAUUGCUACUAUUACUUUACUUAUAUUUGUAUUUCCUCAUUAAAAUAGUUAGGACACCCAUAAUUCUGAAUUGUUUUUUUUAUUGUACCGCGUUUUGGUACAGAAGCAAAAACAAUGCGCUAAGGUUCGCCACGCGUUCCUCUUGCCGCAUUAUCUGUUUCAAUACACAUACCUAUUUUUAAUUUCUUACUUUUACUUUGGCUUCUUAAACAAAAUGCUUAGAUUCAAUGUAUAACAAAUUCUAGCUGUAAUGGAAAAUUGUAUUAAUUAAUAAAAAUCAAAAAAUAAACCAUAUGCAAAACAUUA